UUCAGGUUCAAGCAAUAUGUGGUCCAGGCAAAGUAAUAAUAUAUUUAUUGUAUGGUUUGGAUUGCCAUAUACGAGGAGUAGAUGAAAUCCAUUUUUCUAUAUACAGAUAGGGCCUUCAAGCCUUGGCCAACUGUGAUAUCCCAUCAAAUAAGUUUCCCUAUCACAUUCUGUUACCUAGAGAAAUCCAUCAAUCAAAUACCUUGGUUCUCAUGUCUGUAGUUGAGCUUCUGCUCUCACUUUUCCUUCUCAUUUUCUCUUUAAUUUUCAUCUACUUCACAAUCACAAGAUACGGCGAUUCUAAAAGAUCUUUACCCAUCCACAUCCCUAAAUCUUACCCUUUAAUCGGUUCUUCAUUUGCUAUCAAGUCGAACUUCGACCGACGCGUUCAAUGGACGUCAGAUAUUCUCCAGACCUUGCCUUCUGCGACGUUUGUCCUCCACCGCCCAAUGGGCCACCGCCAGAUCUUCACAGGGAACCCUGCCAAUGUCCAACACAUACUCAAGACUCACUUCCAUCUUUACCAGAAAGGUCCUUUUACUCGUUACACUCUCUUUGAUUUUCUUGGCAAUGGCAUAUUCAACGCUGAUGGUAACACAUGGAAAUUUCAGAGAAAAGUUGCUAGCCAUGAGUUCAGCACUAAGUCUCUACGCAAAUUUGUUGAGAUUGUUGUCGACACCGAAAUCUCUCAACGAUUAGUUCCAAUCCUCUCUGCAGCUGCUGCCAAUAAAACAGUUCUUGAUUUGCAGGACAUUCUUCAAAGAUUUACUUUUGACAGUAUUUGCAAGAUUGCUUUUGGGUAUGAUCCUGCAUAUUUAUUGCCAUCUCUACCACCGGCACCAUUUGCAGAUGCUUUUGAAGAGAGUAUUAGAAUAAUCAGCGACAGAUUCAAUUGUGCAUUCCCUAUAUUAUGGAAAAUCAGGAAGCUUUUAGGUGUUGGGUCUGAAAAAAGACUCACAGAAACCAUGUCCCAAGUACGCGACUUUGCUAAGAACAUUGUCAAGGAAAAGAAACAAGAACUCGCGAAAAAUUCAUCCCUCGAAUCUGUUGAUCUUUUAUCAAGAUUCUUGAGCUCUGGAAUUUCUGAUGAGACAUUUGUUACUGAUGUUGUCAUCAGCUUUAUAUUAGCUGGCCGCGACACUACAUCUGCGGCUUUAACAUGGUUUUUCUGGUUAAUCUCUCGUAACCCACAAGUCGAGACAGAGAUUUUUAAGGAAAUACAGGAGAAUACAGAGGCACCCAUUUUCGAAGAAGUAAAGGAUAUGAUAUACACUCAUGCUUCUUUAUGCGAGACCAUGAGACUGUACCCUCCAGUUCCUGUGGAUUCCAAAACGGCAAUAGGCAAUGACGUUUUGCCUGACGGGACGCCAGUGAAGAAGGGAACUAGAGUCACAUACCAUCCUUAUGCAAUGGGGAGGUUGGAGGCGCUGUGGGGUGCGGACUGGGUUGACUUCAGGCCGGAGAGGUGGCUGCUGCAGCAAGAUGGAGCGAGAAAGAAAUGGAGUUUCGUUGGAAGAGACCCUUUCACUUACCCGGUGUUUCAGGCAGGGCCAAGAGUUUGUUUAGGUAAAGAGAUGGCAUUCUUGCAAAUGAAGAGGGUGGUUUCAGGAGUUUUAAGUAAGUUUAAGGUUGUGCCAGCUAUGGAGGAUGGUCAUGAGCCGGUGUAUAUUGCUGAUUUUACUAAUAAGAUGAGAGGUGGCUUUCCGGUGAGGAUUGAGGAAAGGAGAAAUAACUAAAAGAUAAAGAAGGAUCAUUAAUUCAAUAAUAUAUUAGAAGGAAGGCCAUUGUUGUCUGUUGUGAUUUCUUGUAUACGACGCCAUUUAAGUGUAAUCUGGAAAUCACAUUAAUCUCGAAAAUUGGCGUCCAUAAUAAGUUAGUGCGGUCUAUGUUAGUUAAAGCUUGAGAUGUUGAGAUUCGUGUUUAAUAGAUUACUUUUCCAUGUUAUGAAAGUGUAAUCUUGUUACGUCAAAAGUAAAGUAUGGCUUUAAGUGUUAAACAAAA